AUGGCCAAGUUCAGGAGGCCGACCAUGCGAAUGGCAGCGGGGCAGGUCCGGAUGCCGGCCACGCAUCCAUACAGGCCUGCUAAGAGAAAGACAAACCUGCCUACAGGUGUGUGCCACCUCUCAGUGUCCUGCCCCACCGCACGCCAGGUAAAGGACGCCUGCGGCUGCUGCGUGGUGUGUGCGGCCGGGGAAGGUGAAGCGUGCGGGAAGCGCAGCAGCGGCCACCUGUCCUGCGGUAACGGGCUGCGGUGCGACUCAGGCCCGGGGAAAGCCGGAGGGUUGCACAGCCUGUGCAUGUGUGCCUCCUCCGGCCCGGUGUGUGGCAGCGACGGCAGGACGUACCCCAGCAUCUGCCGCCUGAGAGCCGAGAACAGGAGAGCCGAGCUCGGAGAGACCUCCCCAGUGUUUUUAAUCCAGAGGGGUCGGUGUGACUCUGGUAAGCUGGCACAGCAUCCGGGAAGUAUACGCUACAAGUUUAACUUCAUUGCAGAUGUGGUGGAUAAGAUUGUCCCAGCUGUGGUACACCUGGAGCUUUUUCAAAGAGUGCCAUUUUCCAGUGAGGAGGUCUCUGUGUCGAGUGGCUCUGGGUUUAUAGUGUCAGAGGAUGGCUGGAUUGUCACAAAUGCUCACGUGCUUACCAACAAACAGCGGAUAAAAGUUGAGUUGAAGUGGUGUACAUAUGAAGCUGCGGUCAGGGAUGUGGAUCAGAAGAUGGACAUCGCUCUCAUCAAAAUCGAUCCAGAUGAAGGAGGGUUUGACGCCUUCCAGCUCAGCAGUAUCAGACGGCGGGCAUGCAACGAGGCAAAGGCUAUUGCGUUUUCGUGGAGGGGAGAGAGUCUCAGCUCUUCCCGAGGUACACCGAAGAUAGCUAUCAAGAGUCAGGCCGCAGUGUUCCACCCGAUAUAG